AUGAAGAUUCAUCUCUUUUUACUUAUUCUACUCUUCUUUGAGGUCACAAUUUUACCAGCCAAAAAGAAAUAUCCCCACUAUGGUAGCAUGGAUUUAAGGAGAGAGUGCAUAAGGGGUAAUGGUCAAUGUAAACUUGAGUGCCAUGAGAAUGAAGUUAGAAUUGCUUACUGCAUGAGACCUGCAACUCAUUGCUGCUUACAGAAGUAAGGAUGGCAGAAGAAAAGAAAAAGACACA